AUGUCGAGCCUACCGCCACCACCACCAAAGUGUGUACUUCAUAAGGAAGAUGAGCCGCUUGUGUGGAUCGACUGCGAAAUGACCGGCCUCGAUCCCAACAACGAUCGGCUUUUAGAAAUCGCUUGUAUCGUGACGGAUGGACAAUUGCGCCCCGUCGAUGAGGGCGUUUCUUACGUGAUUCGCACGCAGCCCCAUGUGCUCCAGGACAUGGACGAGUGGUGUACUACCACACAUACGAAUACAGGACUCAUAGAUGCGUGUUUGGAUGCAAAAAUGUCCCAUAUGCAUCAAGACGUACGGGCGGCCGUGCUUGCUUACGUGCUGGAUCGUAUUCCAGAGGCGCGAAUAGCGUGUCUGGCGGGAAGCUCCGUGCACGCGGACAAGGCAUUCCUCGUGAACGAGAUGCCGGAACUUAUAAAGCAUUUGCACUACAGGAUUGUGGACGUUUCUACGAUCAAGGAGCUUGUGCGCCGUUGGUAUGGCACGAAAUACGAGCCGGCAAGACGGAAUGAAGGAACGGCUCAUCGGUGCGUGAAAACAACAGCGGUGACUCACACCUAG